AUGAGCCGACUAUCCAGAAAACGGCUCGUCCCUCAGCAUGAACUUCUGCUUCUCAAAAUGGAGGAGUUUGUUGGUGAUGUCCAAACCAUAAGAAGUUGUGUCACCUGUAAUCUUCAAGCGAAACUGAUGACUAAUGGUUCACUCAACCCCGAAAGUACACGAACUGUCCCGGAAUUCGUCCACGUUCCCAGCGAUUUCACGGAAUGGACGAAUGAACUAAGUUUAAAUGCGCUACCCGGGAAGAUCAAAUUUCAACGGCAAAAUAGCGCACCAAAUCAAAAUUGUAAACAAACUGAUUAG